AUGGCUCCUCCGCAGCCAGUAAACUCAAGUUCGGCACGAGGAGAAGAAGCUUCUACAGCUUCACAUCCAAAAAAGAUGAAGCCUGCCACCCCAUUUGCAGUCCAACCCAUCAGCGCAUUUUACGUAUUCCUUGGGGCAAACAUUUUAGCUGCUUUAUAUGCCCCUAUACAGGAUUGCGACGAGACCUUCAAUUACUGGGAACCUACACAUUAUAUCAGUCAUGGCUAUGGAUUACAGACAUGGGAAUAUUCCCCGGACUAUGCGAUUCGAAGUUGGUUAUACAUCACUAUCCAUGCCUUGAUCGGAAACUUCAGAAGGCUACUCCCAUUUCCCACGAAGCUUGGCGAGUUCUAUUUCAUUCGAUAUGGCCUUGCAUUUAUAUGCGCUCUUUGCCAAACUCAAAUGUUCCGAGUCAUCAACGGAACCUUGAAUCCACGAGUCGCCAUGUUCUUCAUGAUGGCAAAUAUUUUCAGUCCGGGAUUCUUUCAUGCCUCGGCCUCUUUCUUGCCCUCGAGCUUCGCUAUGUACACAACUAUGCUUGGAAUGGCUGCUUUUAUGAACUGGAGAGGGGGCCUAAAGACUGCACAAGGUAUAUUUUGGUUUGCAGUGGGAGGAGUUCUCGGUUGGCCAUUCUCCAUGGCCUUGUCUGCCCCUUUCUUGAUUGAAGAAGUCAUUUUCGCCAGUCUGAGCGAUAAAAAUGCCAUCAUCGAUACCGUAAUGCGAUUUCUUAGAGGAGUCGUCGGGGGACUGAUUGUUCUGCUUUUUGAAUUCCUUGUUUCUGGCUUUUUCUACAGACGAUUAGUGGUCGUCCCUCUGAAUAUUGUUCUUUAUAAUAUCUUCGCUGGCGAGGGAAGAGGUCCUGAAAUAUAUGGUACUGAACCAUGGCAUUUCUACAUUCGUAAUCUGCUUCUCAAUUUCAAUAUUUGGUUUGUGCUUGCAAUUUCAGCCCUUCCUCUUUUCAUACUUCAAAAGCUAUUCGGGUCACGAGAAGGUGGUACUACAACAGCUCUUCGCAGCAUCGUCUUUGUGGCACCCUUCUACGUAUGGCUUGCAAUCUUCAGCUUCCAGCCACAUAAGGAAGAGCGCUUUAUGUAUCCUGCCUACCCAUCCCUGGCACUUAAUGCGGCCAUGUCACUCCACAUUCUUCUGGCGGCUUUUGGCCAUUCGGAUCCCAGGACCUUGGUCGGUAAGAUUCCAGCCAAAUUGAAACUUUUGCUUGUCAGCUUCUUCAUUAUCGGAUCCGUAGACAUUGGCGUCGCAAGAAUUUAUGGAAUCUAUACAGCAUACUCGGCGCCCUUGAAGAUAUAUAGCCCUCUCCAAAAUGGUACCCUUGGAUCACGAGGAGACUCGAUCUGCUUCGGCAAAGAAUGGUACAGAUUUCCCAGCUCUUACCAUUUGCCAAACGGCAUGAAAGCAAAAUUUGUGAAGAGCGAGUUCGAUGGUCUGCUUCCGGGAGAGUUUUCCGAAGCUAGUGAGGGAUUCGGGAUUUGGUCAGGAGCAUGGCUUGUACCUUCAGGUAUGAAUGACCAGAAUCUUGAAGACAUGAGCAAAUAUGUUGACCUCAAAACUUGCAACUUUUUGGUCGACACCUACUACCCCGGUUCCGUAGCCUCCGAGCUUGAGCCCCACUACAUUACCGAUGCCGAGAUUUGGGAGUCGGUGAAAUGCGUGCCAUUCCUUGACGCAUCACAGACUCAUAUUCUUGGUCGAACCAUAUGGUUGCCAGAUCUACCCUUCAUUUCAGAAAAGUUUCGUAGAAGAUGGGGAAGCCACUGCUUAUUGAAGCGAGCUGGAAAGAAGCAAAUUCCCAGUUCUGUAUAG